UUGAUAACAUGUAUUUUACCUUCAUAUACUAAUAAAGUAUAAAGCAGUUGUUGCUACUUCCGCUAUGCCUACAAAUCCCAUCAUGCAUCAGCAGGUUUGUUUGUGCUCGUGAUGCUGUGAUUCAUGUAAUGCUUCUUAAGUACGUUUGCUAGCCAAAUUUGAGUUCGUCUCUUCUGGAUUUUUGAGUGUAUCAUUAAAAAAAUGACGAACAAUUACAGUCAUUACGAACGUAGUCCGUGUAUAAUUAAAGAAAAUAUCUCGCGAUAUCUUCAAACGUCUGGCACGCGCAGAUUGCACAACUUGUUGGGUAACAGACGCGUGCUUUUAAAAGCCUUUUGGCCAUUACUGUUAUUAUUUAAGACAGCAACACAGUCACAGUACCGAGUAUGUAUUUGUAGUAUUAACUCUGCUGAACAAACAGUCAUACUCUCGUUUCCUGGUUUUGUUAAAGCACAUAUUUUUUUCUUGGAAAAUGCCUGAGGGACCAGAACUCCACCUGGCCAGCUUGUUUGUGAACAAGAUGUGUGAAGGAGUGGUAUUUAGUGGACCUGUCAAAAAAUCUGAGGUCAGCAAGUGUCCUGAUGUGCCCUUCACCUGUCAGGCAUAUCGCAUCACAGCCACUUCCAGAGGGAAGGAAGUGAAGCUCACAUUGAUUCCCAUCAAGAGUGAUGAUGCAAAACAGAGAGCAAAGCCAGGGCAAGCAGACCAGCCCAUGGAUAUAGUUUUUCGCUUUGGGAUGUCGGGUUAUUUCCGCUUUACAACAGAGGAUGAGCUGCCCAAACAUGCUCAUCUGCGUUUUUACACCAGAGAGAAGCCUUGCAGAGUGCUGAGCUUUGUGGAUGCACGCAGAUUUGGCAGCUGGCAGCCCAGUGGGAUGUGGCAGCCUGACCGAGGGCCCUGCAUCAUGUUUGAGUACAAAAGUUUCAGGGACAACGUUUUGUCACAUCUGCCUGAUCGGGCUUUUGAUCGACCCAUCUGUGAAGUCCUGCUGAAUCAAAAAUACUUCAAUGGUAUUGGGAACUACUUGAGGGCUGAAAUUCUGUACAGGUUAAACGUUCCACCCUUUGUGCCUGCUCGGGAUGUGCUUGAAGGCCUUGUCUCAGAUGAUUUAUUAGAGAAAGAGAAGCCCUUGAAAAAUGAGAUCCAAGACAAAAAGACCUCAGUAAGAACCAAGAAGAAAGGACUGAAACAAGAGAUGAGUGAUCUGCUCAGGCUGUGUCAUACAGUACCACUGGAGGUUGUGAACCUAGGUGGUAAGGGCUAUGACCCUGAGAAGGCAGACUACUCGGCCUUUCAGGCUUGGCUGCAGUGUUAUUACGUGGAUGGAAUGAAGUCUAUUCGGGAUCACAAUGGGAGGACUAUGUGGUUUAAAGGAGAUCCAGGUCCAAUGGCUCCCAGAGAUUCAAAAUCACCCAAAGCAAAAAAGAGAGCCAAGAAAGAAGAGGACCAUGAUUACACAGACAGAAAAAAGGUGGCUAAAAGUCGUUCCGUUGGCAGAAGAAAGACAAAAGCAGACAAAGAGGAAGGAGCCAGAAAAACACCAAAAAAAGAAAAGGAAGGAGUUAAAAAGGAAGCGGAGUCAAAGAGAGGAAAGGUAGAGAAAAUCCAGGAAGUAAACACAACACGGCGUGGAACGAGAUCAAACUCACGUAGGAGGAAAAGCAGCCCUGCAGAGCCAACUGCAGGUCCCCAGACAUGAAAAUGACAGCGUGACCAGAAAGGGCUGAAAAUCCAGACAUUUUUAUACUUUAAUACACUCUUCAAAUAAAACAAAAGUUGUUGUA